GCGCAGUCGAUCUACCCUGCAUUCUUGCAAUUAUAACAAAAUUUCAAUAAGUUGAUUGGCUACAUCAUUACGAGUAUAAAGAUAGAGAUUUUUGCUUCGCAGUGAGUAACCGUUUCGAAAUUUGGCAGGUCAAGCUUAUGCACUUCACAUUUGUACAUCUUGGAAUGCUUACGACGGUUUUUCCAUGAGAAUCCACAGUUCAGUAAAUAAUAUGGCGUUUUAUUUCACCUUAAUCUUAACAAUUCAUACGUACUUAUAUCAAGCCCUCUGAAUUUAGCAUCUUCAGCCCUCUUCCCUACUGAAUUUUUUUGGUUGAUGAGAAAGAGUCCCAUCCGCCAACACCACUACGUCGAUCCUACUUUUGCAUCAACAUGUACCAUCAAAAGGUAAAACAAAUGCUGCGUUUCAUUACUUUUGUACUUUCUAUCUCAACUAUCACAAAGGCUCAAACGCUCGUUGGUUGCGAUUCUGUGAACUGCGGCACUCAGUAUAAUCCACCCAGUUGCCUUGUCGAUGGUGCCACACUUUCCGCGAUCGGAAUUACUUCAUUUAACACUUCUGUCAAUUCUUCACCAUUUACCUGGACAUUGGGAAUUCAAGAAUCGGAUGAAACAGCUGAAUCUUCUGUCCCUACUACGCACCUCAAGAACCGUCAAACUUCUUCGUAUCCUCCGGGACUUUUAUCUCGGCACUCCUCCGACAAUAAAUUAACAUCGGAGUCAAACACCCAUGCAUGCGCACUAUUCUUCGAUGGAAUAGCAUCAGACUUAACAUUUGGAACCAGCGCUACAGGAACAUGUAAUGAUGCACUCACAGCAUCUUGUGUUGAUGACCUUUUAGCUCAAUCUCAAUCUCAAAUGGCCAAACUUUUGUCACGCACCUCGAACGCUCAAAAUGAAACAAAGAUUUGCAGUGCAUUACAAUCAGCCAUCAAAUCUCAAGCUCCGGCAUCUUGUAUUGCGGCAAAGUCUGGUAGCUGGGGAGACAUUUUUGCACAAGGGUUGAGCUCCCCAAUUUCUCCUCCAAACACACCCAAGUCACCCGAUUGUAUCCCAACGACUGGAGAGAAUUACGAGUUAUCUUUGAUCCACAAUACCACAUCCUCUAGUAUAACGGAUGUCAGUCACUCAGUAUUACUUUCAGACCUCGCGAAGGGCAAAUUUUAUGAUGGCAUUACCCCGAUCCUUACGGUUUUAUGGAACACAUCCAGUUUCAAUGAUACCUCGUUCAUUGCUACCAGUGCAGAAUCGCAUUUGAGUUGUUUGAAAGUGGUGGAAAGUACGAAUGGAGAGGCUGGGGGCACUUCUUCGCCUACAAAAUCUGAAGGCUCUGUUAUGGGUACAGAUAGGUAUUGGAAUUGGGGUAUAGUAACGGUUGUUUGGGGAUGGAUUUUGUUUCUUUAGUAGUGAGGAUUUGUGUGCGGAUUAGAAAUGUUGAUAACUGCAUCCUACAGAGAUCGAAGAAUGUUACUUCAUCCGCGCCUUCUGGGAGUAGAUCUCUGAUCUAUAUGUGAGAGCUCUCAUCUAAUGCUACUUUGAUUUUUACAUGGAAUUUUUUGUGUGUGAAGUAUACGGAUGAAGUAGCACUUACGAUGGAUGGUAGGUCCUAAAUGUCAAUGUUGCAUUUUGUCUAAAGAACUAGCUAUAUACAGGAAUCAUCAUGCCUUAAAUAAGGCCUAUUGAAAGAGCUAGUCUCUUUCGCAUCUGCUUAGGAUUAUAAUACAAUGGCUAUUGAAUUGAAGUCA